CCGUCCCUCUCGGCUGUAAAGUCCAGUCUCUGACACGGGCUGGCGGAUCCGCUCCCGCGAGUUGGGGGCCGGGCCCGGGACCCCGCCCAGGCGGCGGCCGGGUCCCCUGGGCCGGGCGCUGCUGGCGGAGCAGACGGGGCGGAGAGGAACGCGGCGGGAGGAGGAGUAGGAGGAGGGGGCCGGUCAAGGGAAGUGCGACGUGUCUGUGGAGCCUUUUUAUACCUCCUUCCCGGGAGUCCGGCAGCAGCUGCUGCCUACACCGCUGCCGCCGCCACCGAGUGUCCUAGCGUCUACGCUCCCAGGAGCUGGCUCCGAGUUCCAGCGCGCCGGGCACCGCCGCAGCCAGCCAGCAUGUCCGAGGUCAAGAAACAGAAGACGGAGAACCAGCAGAAAUCCACCAAUGUUGUCUAUCAGGCACAUCAUGUGAGCAGGAAUAAGAGAGGGCAGGUGGUUGGAACAAGGGGCGGAUUCCGAGGCUGUACUGUGUGGCUGACAGGUCUCUCUGGGGCUGGAAAGACAACAAUUAGUUUUGCUCUGGAAGAGUAUCUCGUCUCCCAUGCCAUCCCUUGCUACUCCCUCGAUGGAGACAAUGUCCGUCACGGCCUCAACAAAAACCUUGGAUUCUCUCCUUGGGACAGAGAAGAGAACAUCCGCCGGAUUGCCGAGGUGGCCAAGCUGUUUGCCGAUGCUGGUCUGGUCUGCAUUACCAGCUUCAUUUCUCCUUUUGCAAAGGAUCGUGAGAACGCCCGCAAAAUCCAUGAGUCAGCAGGACUGCCAUUCUUUGAGAUAUUUGUAGAUGCGCCUUUAAACAUUUGUGAAAGCAGAGAUGUAAAAGGCCUCUACAAACGGGCCCGGGCUGGGGAGAUCAAAGGGUUUACAGGUAUUGAUUCUGAUUAUGAGAAACCUGAAACUCCCGAGCUUGUGCUUAAAACCAAUUUGUCGUCCGUGAGCGACUGCGUGCAGCAGGUGGUGGAACUCCUCCAGGAGCAGAACAUUGUACCCCACACUAUAGUCAAAGGCAUCCAUGAACUCUUUGUGCCAGAAAAUAAACUCGACCAAGUCCGAGCUGAGGCGGAAACAUUCCCUUCGUUAUCUAUUACCAAGCUGGAUCUUCAGUGGGUCCAAGUUUUGAGUGAAGGCUGGGCCACUCCUCUUAAAGGUUUUAUGCGAGAGAAGGAAUACUUGCAGGUUAUACACUUCGGCACCCUGCUCGAUGGCAUGUUCCUUCCUGAUGGAGUGAUCAACAUGAGCAUCCCCAUCGUAUUGCCUGUCUCCACGGAUGAUAAGACGCGGCUGGAAGGGUACAGUGAGUUUGUCCUGACACACGAAGGACAGAGGGUGGCGAUCUUACGAGACCCUGAAUUCUACGAACAUAGAAAAGAGGAGCGUUGUUCUCACGUGUGGGGCACGACGUGUGCAAAACACCCCUAUAUCAAAAUGGUGAUGGAAAGUGGGGACUGGCUGGUUGGUGGUGACCUUCAGGUGCUGGAGAGAAUAAGGUGGAAUGAUGGGUUGGACCAAUACCGCCUGACACCACUGGAGAUCAAACGGAAAUGUAAAGAAAUGAACGCUGAUGCAGUGUUUGCAUUCCAGUUGCGCAAUCCUGUCCACAAUGGCCAUGCUCUGUUGAUGCAGGAUACCCGCCGCCGGCUCCUGGAGAGGGGCUAUAAGCAUCCAGUUCUCCUGCUCCACCCUCUAGGUGGCUGGACCAAGGAUGAUGAUGUGCCCCUGGACUGGAGAAUGAAGCAGCACUCAGCUGUGCUGGAGGAAGAGGUUCUAGAUCCCAAGUCAACCAUUGUUGCCAUCUUCCCAUCUCCCAUGUUAUAUGCUGGCCCUACAGAGGUCCAGUGGCACUGCAGGUCCCGGAUGAUUGCAGGGGCCAAUUUCUACAUUGUAGGCCGGGACCCUGCAGGAAUGCCCCACCCUGAGACCAAGAAAGACCUGUAUGAACCCACUCAUGGGGGAAAGGUCUUGACUAUGGCUCCUGGCCUCACCUCUGUGGAAAUCAUUCCAUUCCGAGUGGCUGCCUACAACAAAGCGAAAAAAGCCAUGGACUUCUAUGAUCCAGCAAGGCACAAUGAGUUCGACUUCAUCUCAGGAACUCGAAUGAGGAAGCUGGCCCGGGAAGGAGAAAAUCCCCCAGAUGGCUUCAUGGCCCCCAAAGCAUGGAAAGUCCUGACAGAUUAUUACAGGUCCCUGGAGAAGAACAACUAGAAGUCCUUCAGCACCAGUUUCUUUCUGAAGUGCUCUUUGAUUUCCUUUUCUAUUUUUGUGAUUAGAUGCUUUGUAUCCAACUGCUUCUCAAUGACUGAUUUUAAAGUUAGUGUUUUAUAAUAAGGUAAAAAUGUCUAUAAUUUAAAGUCAACACACACACAUAUAUAUACACAUACACACCUAUACCCACACAUGUAUAUCUGUAUGUAUGUGUAUAUAUAGGUAAAGCAAAACUUUAUAUAUAUAUGUAUAUAUAUAUAUAUAAAGCAAAACUGAAGACCUAAUCUUAACAGGUAAAAGCUACAUUGUUAUCAUUUCAGAAAAAAAUAAGAUAUAUUCUCUACUGCAUCUGAGCAGGAGGUCCUAGAUUUCUUAAAGCUUUGACCAUGUGUCCAGUUUACCUGCCAAAAAGUAAAGCGUAUUUUCCAGUUUAAGUCUUGCCAGCUUGCACUAUCCCAAUGUCAUACACCAGUAGUAAAAGAAAUCAGAUGGACAGUUCCUUCUAUAGAGCUGAAAAAAAUAAAACAAAAAAACAACCCUCACCCUGAAUGAGGUGUGGCUCACAUCAAGAUUCUUGCUAAUAUUUCGUCUCGGGCCUAUCCAGCCUUACAGCCCAGUCUCUUAUGUGCCAAAGAAUGACCUGACUGGAGAAACCAAAUGUGUGAAAAUGUGCAGUUAUCUCAGAGAUCUAUGCAAUCAAGUUCUGCCACAGAAGUUACACUGCCUAAUAGGAAGAGAAGUCUUAAUACUUUGCUGUGAAUAAUAUAACUGUAGUUAAACAGAGAUUUUAAAUAGUAUAAAGGGCUUAGUUGAAAAGAUUUGUACCCAGGGCUCAAACAACCUGGCAAUGUUGUGGAAAGUUAAUGUUUCUCCUCUUUGCUGUGGACAUUGUGUCCUAGGGAGAGGCUGCAUCUAUUGACUGCAGUGGCAUCGGCUGUGACCCAGAACAAUUCACACUAUCAGACUAGCAAGCUGCUGGAACUGGACAAAAAUGCAGAAAACUCCAACCCUUUCAUCCUACAGAUGACCAAGCUAGGAUGAUUCACAGGCGCAGUCUUCACGAACUAAUGAGCACUGUAAUGACAGUGCCAAAAUGGCAUCCUUAGGAAGUACUGGUGGCACUGACUUCCAGGCCAGUGCUCUGUCUACACUGUACAGCACAGGAGCUAGACCUGGUUCCUCCCAACUGCUUAACAAAACUCCUUGAAUGGAAGGCACUUACAAAGCAGCUUUCUUGGAUGCUAAAAGGUCCAGGGUUUUCCAAACUUAGCUAAUUUUAUUACAGUUGGAAAAAAUACUUUUCCCAAAGACUCAUGCUGUUCUGAGAUAUCCAACUGCUGAUGGCUUUACUUUCUGGGAGGCCAUCUUUUGCACCUUAUGCAUAAUUCCUUGUUACUAAGGAAUAUAUGAAGAAAUAGUACUUUUUGUACAUAGGUCUCUCUGGAAGAGACUUAGACUGGAAAGAGAAAACUGAUUUUUUUUCAUAUUCAGUUUUUAAAAAUGCUAAUCCUAGCUAAUGAAAGUUCUUCUGAGAAUAAAUUACAUACAAUGGCCACAGCAAAGUAUGUCUUUAAUAGUAUAGUGCCUAUAUCCACGUAAUCAGAGGUCCUCACUACUGCCUUUUUAAAAAUGGCAUAUUUACUGAAAACUGGAGACAAGUUAUAGUGCCUUAACCAACAUAUUUUGUGAUUUUUAAAAAUAUAUUUAAAACUGCUCUUCUGCUCUAGUACUAUACUUAGUGCAAAUGAUUAUUUCUAUGUACAAUUGAUGUUUGUUCUUAUUUUAAUAAAUUUCUCAAAACGAA